AGCUAGGCAAAUGCUGAGCGGCCAUUACACAGCGAGAUUCCUUUGUAGGGGGGCGAAAGGGAACUAGCAGUGCCGAGAAAACAGGGACGUCCCUGCCGCACCACACGGUGUAUACGUGGGACAUACAAAUAACAGAAAGAUUAGCUAGCUUUGUAGUGAGGAUAUCGGUACCGAUAAUAAUCACUGAUUAUCUCGUUGAUGAUAGAUCGAGAGCUGCGCAGCGUUCUAAGUUAGCUACAACACCAGCCAUAGUACGGUUGUCGUCUUGAGUUGAGUCGAAGUUGGGCGAAAUAACGGUUGUUUAAUUACUUCACCAUAUCCACUAGUUAGCUAAAAACGGCGUAUCUGAUCAGUUUUCAAAAUGGACUAUAAAGUCUUUACAAAGGAAUUAGACCAGUGGGUCGAGCAACUGAAUGAAUGCAAGCAACUGUCGGAGAAUCAAGUGAGAACGCUCUGCGAAAAGGCUAAAGAGAUCCUGACCAAGGAGUCCAAUGUGCAGGAGGUGCGCUGUCCCGUCACGGUGUGCGGAGAUGUGCACGGCCAGUUCCACGACCUCAUGGAGCUUUUCAGAAUCGGGGGCAAGUCGCCCGACACCAACUACCUGUUCAUGGGGGACUACGUAGACCGAGGCUACUACUCGGUGGAAACAGUCUCGCUGCUUGUCGCACUAAAGGUCCGUUACCCAAAGCGCAUCACGAUACUGCGGGGGAACCAUGAGAGCAGACAGAUCACACAGGUGUACGGCUUCUAUGAUGAGUGCUUGAGGAAGUACGGCAAUGCCAAUGUGUGGAAAUACUUCACAGACCUCUUCGACUAUCUCCCCCUGACUGCUCUGGUCGACGAACAGAUUUUCUGCCUGCACGGUGGCCUCUCCCCCUCGAUAGACACACUGGAUCACAUCCGGGCCCUGGAUCGCCUGCAGGAAGUUCCACACGAGGGGCCCAUGUGUGACCUGCUGUGGUCAGACCCAGAUGACCGCGGGGGCUGGGGCAUCUCCCCCCGAGGUGCUGGCUACACCUUUGGGCAGGACAUCUCGGAAACCUUCAACCAUGCCAACGGUCUUACCCUUGUGUCCCGCGCCCACCAACUUGUCAUGGAGGGCUACAACUGGUGUCAUGACCGAAACGUUGUCACCAUCUUCAGUGCACCAAACUACUGCUAUCGCUGUGGCAACCAAGCUGCUAUUAUGGAACUGGACGAUACUCUUAAAUACUCUUUCCUUCAGUUCGACCCUGCACCUCGACGCGGGGAGCCCCAUGUCACCCGCCGUACCCCCGACUACUUCUUAUAAACACCCACUGGCCUGGUGGUGGAGGAAGAAGACUGCAAGACCUCUACAGCAAGCAAACAACAAACCCCCAAAACCUGUGUGCAUAUGACCUGUUACAACAUGAAAGCACUGACAUGGACCAAAAUGUGCCAUAUAAGCAUUUAGUACACAUUACAUAAUGCAAAUUGCCCUGUGUCUCAGUACUGCAACACAGUGUCCCGUUUGAGCCUUUAGUGCAAUUGCCUGCUGUAUACUAUUGAUCGUAAUGUUAUUUUGUUUAUGGGCUGUACACACAGAGAGAAAGCAUCCCUAUUUACAGUAUUUCCCAUUAUUGCAUCUGUGAGCACACAGGCAGUGCCAUUGAGGCUAUCUCCAUUUUGAAGGGGUCCAUUUUCUUCACGAUUGGCUGAUCCCUCCUGAUUACCCAGUUGGACAUGACUUCCUACAGGGUCAUCAAGAGGGAUCAGCCAAUUAAGUUAAAGUCCCACCCAGUUGGCCUCUAUCUCUGCUACUGUAUAUUACUCUGCGCAAAGAAUUUGACAACUUGCUUCCUUACCCCACCCAAAUCUCACUGGACAAUGAUACAUUUUCCGUUGGCAAGGCCGGACAUAUGAAUAACGGUAUUUUAUACAAAUGCACAAGCUUACAUCCCCAGCCCGCUCUUCUCCAACAAAUACUACUGUUUGGGAAUGAAUGCUUACAUUUUUGGGAGUGUAUGCUUUCAUGUCAAUAGACCUACCUACUUUCUCCUACUCUUCCCCUUGGUCUAAUCUACCUGUUUAUUGUCCUCUGUAUAUUUGUCAUGAAGUGAUUGCCUCUGAUGCAUUUGAACUAAUAAAGGACUUUUAAUUGUAAAUGACACCAAAUCGCUGACUCUCAGUGAUAUUUUCAAUCAAGCCAAAUCAUUUUCACUUUAACGUCACCAGAACUCGAAAUUGUCCACUCAUAUAGUAAGUUUGUGUAGCAAAAUGUUUUAAUAAAGCUUGGGAACCACUGG